AUGGCCCUCUUCGAUCCCUCCCUCUCCACCCUCACAUCCCCAAACUCCACCCCAAAAACAAUUCUCAUAACAGGCGGCUCUUCCGGAAUCGGUCUCGCAACCGCCACCCUCCUCUCCACCCUCAACCCUUCCCACAACCUCGUCCUCGUAGACCUCCGCCCCCCACCCCCAACCUUCACCCACUCCCCCUCCCACCUCCUCGUCCACACCUGCGACAUCACCUCCUGGCCUGCCCAACGCGCCGCCUUCGCUGCCGCCCACGCAAAGUUCUCCCGCAUAGACGCCGUCUUCGUCAACGCCGGCAUAGCCGAACACGCCGACCAAUUCUUCACCUCCGCCCUCGAUGCAGAUGGCAACCUGUGCGAGCCCGACCACAGAGUCCUCACUCUGGACCUGAACGCCGCCGCAUCCACUACCAAACUCGCAAUCCACUACUUGCGCAAGAAUGGUGGCGGCAGCAGCGGCGGCGGCGGCGGCGGCGAGUUUGCAGGCUCAAUAGUCCUAACGGCGAGUCUAGCAGGCUACCUCGGUUCCGCGGGCGCACCACUUUACUCGGCUGCCAAACACGGUCUUGUCGGCCUUGUGCGCGCGCUCAAGCAAGAAUGCGCAAAGUUACGCAUUGCCAUUUCGCUCGUUGCCCCGGGCAUAACCGUCACCCCGAUUCUUGCGCAGGGCAGGCCGGAAUUGCGCGAUUUACCGUACGAGGAACAUGCCAGGGAAAUGGCAAAGGCCGGGGUACCGAUUAAUUCGCCAGACGCGGUUGCAAGGGCCGUGUGUGGGCUGAUAGGGGAGGGGAUGGCGGCGAAUGGGAAGGGGGUUUGGGUGCAGGCGGAUCGGUUUGCGGAUGUGGAAAGGGGACUGAUUAAGAGUAGGGAGGCGUGGAUGGGGAAGGAAAUGUUGGGGUUGUUCAAGGGGGGACGGGGGACGGCGGUGUUUGCGAGGUUGGAGGAGGAGAAGAAGGAUGAUAAGGUCAAGGCGAAGAUAUGA